ACAGGAGGCUGCCGGGCGUUGGCUAUGCAAAUGAGGGGGCGGGACAGGGCCGUAGGAGCGGCUCCCUCUUUCCCGCUGGGCCGGCGAAGGGUGGCCGCGGACUCCGCGCCGGCGAUCGCAGGGAAGGGGGCAGCGGGCAGCGCCUGGCGCGAGAGUGAAGCGGCCGCGGAGGGAGGCGCCGCCGCCAGCCAGCCGGCCGGCCGUUGAGAGAAGCCGGCGGCCCCGUGCGCGGGCAGCGCGAACAUGGCGUGCGCGGGCAGCGCAGCGGAGGAGGGCGCUGGCGAGGAGGAAAACUUUGAAGAUGCCUUUGAAAGCAUCCCAGUGGCAUCCAAGAUGGAUCUCAAGUGUGCGCUGGAAGAAUGUUCAAUGGCACUGAACUUAUUUCUAAAUAAUAAAUUUUCUGAAGCCCUGGAAUUACUUCGGCCAUGGUCUAAAGACAGCAUGUACCAUGCCCUUGGCUACAGCACUAUUUUAGUUAUGCAGGCUGCUAUGACCUUCGAGCACCAGGAUAUCCAAAUGGGGAUUUCUACAAUGAAGGAAGCUUUACACACCUGCCAAAGAUUCAGGAAAAGAAGCACUGUGGUAGAGUCUUUGUCCAGUCUGGUUUCCAAACAGUCAAUGGAACAGCUGAGUGAAGAGGAAAUGCAUGCAGAAAUCUGUUAUGCUGAAUGUUUGCUACAGAAAGCAGCACUCACAUUUGUACAGGAUGAAAAUAUGAUCAACUUUAUCAAAGGUGGCCUCAAAAUUAGGACAAGUUAUCAAAUAUACAAAGAAUGCCAUCAGGUGCUACAGAUGACUCAGGGCAAUAAAAAAAAAAAAGAAACCUACCAUCAGUUUGAAGGAGGAGUAAAACUUGGAAUAGGAGCAUUCAAUUUGAUGCUGUCCCUUUUACCAGGAAGGAUUCUCCGACUUCUGGAAUUUAUUGGGUUUUCUGGCAAUAGGAACUUGGGCCUCCAUCAGCUGCGGGAAGGUGCCUCUGGUACCAGUUUGAGGGCCAUACUAUGUACUUUUACCCUGCUGGUAUAUCAUACUUACGUCUCUUUAAUCCUUGGUAUAGGGGAAGCCAACCUUCAGGAAGCAGAGACUCUUCUUGAACCCUACCUCCAGAAGUUUCCAAAUGGUUCCAUCAUUUUGUUUUAUGAUGCCAGAAUAGAUAUACUGAAAGGAAAUUUUGAAAAGGCACAGUCAAAAUUUGAAGAAUGCGUUGCUGCUCAGCAAGAGUGGAAACAGAUUCAUCACCUCUGUUAUUGGGAACUGAUGUGGUGCUACUCAUUCCAGCAGAAAUGGCUUCAAGCAUAUCGGUAUGCAGACCUGCUCUGCAAAGAGAGCAGGUGGUCUAAGGCAAUAUAUGUAUUCCAGAAAGCUGCAAUUUUGUGUAUGCUUCCAGAUGAGGAUGUGAAAACAACUGGAGAAGAUAUUGUAUCUUUGUUCAGACAAGUGGAUGGUCUAAGACAAAGAAUUGCAGGAAAAUCUAUCCCAACAGAAAAGUUAGCAGUGAGGAAAGCUCGACGCUAUACUGGUGCUCAGCCGGUGAAGCUCAUACUACCUGCCCUGGAAAUGAUGUAUGUCUGGAAUGGAUUUGCAAUUGUAGGCAAAAGGGCUGACCUCACAGAAAGUUUACUGAUAACAAUUGAGAAAGAAGAAACUGCUUUACAGAAUCAAACUAGUCACACUGAAUAUUUUAUAGAUGACUUGUGCUUGCUGCAGUUACUAAAAGGCCUUUGUUUGAAACACCUAGGAAGACUCUUGCAAGCUGAACUGUGUUUUAAUCAAGUUAUCCAAAGUGAGAAGCAGAUAAAAUAUGAUAACUAUUUGGUGCCAUUCACUCUGUAUGAGUUGGGACUUCUGCACAAACAGCAGGACCAGAGAGAGAAAGCAAUAAGAUAUAUAGAAACUGCAAAAAACAACUACAAAGAAUACUCCAUGGAGUCCAGGUUACACUUCAGGAUUCAUGCAGCACUUGACAGCCUGAAAGUGACUCCAGCUUCAACGCCUUGACUUAGCUGAAGGGUGAUCUUUUUCCAAGAAUUCAAGUGUCUACAUGAUCUUGGUUGAAUGUUUUUAAAAAAUCAUGUAAAUGACAGAAUGAAAAAGAAACAACUAAUUAUUAUAUUUUCUAUCAUCUGUGAUUUGAUGUUUUGUCAUCCUUUUAGGCUGUUUUUUCUUAUGGUUAAAGCUACGAUUAUAUCAUGGAGGUUAUGGAAGUCACAGAAUCCAUGACUUCCAUUUAUCUCUGAUAUUUUCUGCCCCGGGUUGGAGCUCCCAGCCCCCUCCCCCCCAGCUCCCGAACUGGUGGGGGCACUCUGCGGUUGCCCAGCCGCGGGCAGCGGAGACUCCCAGCAGCUGCCCAGCCACAGCAGGCAGCGGGGACUCUUCAGCCAGCCGACCAUGCAGCUGCCCAGCUGUGGCAGGUAGUGGGGGACUCCCAGCAGCUGCCCAGCUGCGGUUGGCGGCCCGCAGAUCCUGCAGCUACCCAGCUGUGGUGGGCGGCAGGAGACCCCCCGAAGCUGCCCAGCCAUGGUGAGCGGCUGGGGGACCCUGCAUCUCCCAGCCAUGAUGGGUAGCAGAGGACCCCAUGAGCACCCAGCUGCCCCGGGGUGAGGGGACCCUGCAGCUCCCACUCCCCACAGUGGCGGGGGAUCCCAGAACUCCCACUUACUGCAGCAGUGCAGGACCCAGGAGCCCCAGCAGGGGUGGAUACUGAACCCACCUACCGCUUUUGUCAGGGAUAUUUUUAGUGAAAGUCAGGGACAGGUCACGGGCUUCCAUUCAUUUUUGUUUAUUGCCCGUGACCUGUCCUUGACUUUUACUAAAAAUAUCCAUGACAAAAACUUAGCCUUACUUAAGGUGCAUAUAUCUUAUCUCUGUGUGAUACGUUAAAGAAAGAUCUUAUAUUUUGUUUGAUAAAAUAAUUUAAUGUUUAACUUGAAUGGGGUAUAUUUUAAAAGCCAGUUGCUGGUGCAAUAAAGUCUAAUUCAAACACUUUAUUUUUUUAAUGUGAAAACUAAUGUUGUUUCUGCAGUGAAGCUGUUUGAUGAUUUUAUGUUAUAGUUUCAGCAUUCCAUGGGAACUUGAUUUUCUGCAAUGCACUUAUUAGGACCUUUGUGCCCUUGGAACAAAUUUGUUGGCUUACUAGUAGCCUCAGUCACAUAUUGGGCAAGCAUCUGGAACGGAAAUUUGUGUAUCAAAGAAACAAUAAUUUUUAGUCAAAUAACUAUGAAGGACUUAAAUUCACCUCAAGAACACUAAUUUUGUCUUCAGUGAAAUAUUUUUACAAAUCUCCUUCAAGACAAAAUUAGGCACAGCCACAGUUAUGGUUGCCUUGCAAUACUGUGUUUCAUUCCAAAUAAGUGAUUGCAGGGAGUCCUUUCCACUCUUGUUGGGUUUCAGUCAAAGUAUAUGAAUACACAAAUAAAGUCACUGUAUGUGACUUAAUGUUAGGGAGAAGAAAGAAAAUAACCAAGGUGAAAAAACUUUUUUCAAAUUUACACCUCUUCAGUUAGUGGUUUUUAAUGGCAAUGAAAGAUUCAUUUAGAAGUUUAAUUAAAAGUAAGUAAUUAAUAUACAUUUUAUAGUUAGACUUAAUAGAAGAUUUUUUUAAGAUGUAGUUUUCUCCUCGUAGACCUUCUUAAAAGAACUAAGGGUAUUACUAAAGUUUUAGUUAAACAUAAAUGUAUGUAUUCUUUACAAAGGAAUUUUCAGAGCUGCAGCAACAGUAAAGAAUCCUCUAUCUGAGCAAAUAGCGUGGCUCUAAGAGCUUGGCCUUAGAUGUGAGGCCUGAUCCAAAGCCUUUUGAAAUCAGUGAAUGGAAAGACUUCCAUUGACUUCAGUGGACUCUUCGGUUCAGGCCCUUAGAGUCUGAACCUGUAAACAUGAGUAACUUUAUUCACAUGUAUGAAUUUAGUAAAACUAUGCAUGUAGGUGUUUUCAGAUCAUACCCCAAAAAUGGUAAUGGUAGUUACUACCAGAAUGCAUUCUGUUACCUUGAAACAUACUGUACCACGGUCAUUGCUGUGUAACUCUGUUGAUUUCAGCUAAAUUACACCAGGGCUGAAUUCUGCUACUUAUUAACAACUCAGAUUGAGAGUAUGCAUAAUGGCUGUUAACUGAACCUCUAUUCCCCUACUCUCAUUUACCAUACCUCAUUUACACUCGUGAUUUUUCACAAUCAGCUGCAAAAGUGAUGGGAAAUUAGAAUAAGACAAUCCAUUUUAAAAGAACUGCAAGCUGCUUAUACAUUAUUAUCUGCAAUUUAAUUUGCACUACAGAACAGUCUCAGACAAGCAUGAUCUCUUAACUUUUGUUUGAAAGUGAGAACAAUGCUGGGAAAGCAUGGGCAUGUUCUUUAUGGCAAACCAAUUAGAUAGCUAACUAAAGAGAACUGCGCAAAGUGAGUACGGCAUCUCAGGAUGGAGAUUGGGAAGUUUUCAAUAGGUACAGUUUAUGGAGAAUUUACAUUGAACAUAGUGUAAUCCUUGGUGCUGUUGCCCAGGUCAGAAGUUGCAAUUAUCAAAAAGUGUGCUACAUCAGGAAGGAGGACAUUUCUUGAAAUGUUUAGUGUAUAAUAUGAUAAUAUCCUGUUCCAGAACAUUAGGCACAAACUUCCCAUUAGUAAUAAUAUCAGUUGCAGGAAUACAAGAAAGCUUCCCCAGUUUCUUCAGUGAAGCCUUCCAAAGUCAACAUGACCAAAAGUAUUUUUCCCCCACUGUAAUUAUGAUUAUGAUGUUUUUGAUUAAAAUAGCUUCUUUUUUUAAUAGUCUCUUGUUGGAGGCAGCCAUAUUGCAUGCACACACAGAAUAGGCAUAUAAAGACAAUUUUGUACUUUUUGAUGUCCUUAGUCUCUAAUACAACUGCCAUUUACAUAUUGUCGCUUGCUAAAUUCUUAGCUUGUUGUUUUAGAAUCUUGAAGGAGCAGGUCUUCCUAGCUUCAUUUUAGACAGUUCAUUUUUACCCAUUGAUAGUAGAAAACGUAAAUGCUUCCAGUUGAGUUGGCACUAUGCAGGCCAUUGUGAUUCCAUUGUUAUUUAGUACAUUUUCCCCAAAUUAGGCUAUGAGGUUCAUUUAUAAGAGAAUCAUGAUGAAAAGUCUGUGUGGGGCCUUAAUUAUAAUACUGUUUUAGUCUCAUUAUUUUCAAGAUCUUCCCCUCAAAUGCUCAUGCCAAUGGUAUUCUUGAAUAGUAAUUUGGGACUUUAAUGUCUCUGAGCAAAGUUGAGAUGUAUUCCAAAGACACAGCUUCCAUUCACAGUAGGAGAUAUAUACUCAUAUCCUAGAACACAAUUAGGCCCUACGUUUAGACAGCAGGGCUCAGCAUUAAUGGUAGCAUUAUGAAUAAAGUAAUCUUCAUCCUUAAAGGGACAGCAGAUGUGUGAUUUUUUUUUUUUAAAGAAGAGAGAGUUCGUCAGCAUGAGCAAAAUAAUAAGGUAAAGUUUCACCUCAGUAGGGAAUUUUUCGCAUUGAAAUUAUUAGUGAAAAUACUGUGUUUACGCUUUCUGUUUGAGUGUUCGUUCUGUCGGUGAAGGGUUGUUUAUAUAUAUUGUAUUAUAAUUUUUAAGCACUGGAUUACCACUUUUUAAAUGGAAACUGUAAGAAGAGAAAAUACAUUUUAGCAAAAAGCUUAUUAAGGAAUUAUGUUUAUAUAUGUUGCUGUAAUGUAUGUGGGCAGCAACUGUAUUUAUACCUCAUGGCCAGAAAAAUAUAUAAAAAUUAAUUUUGUUUCAUGUUUUCAGAACAUUUUGCCAACUCAAGCAUAAAGAUAAAAAUAAUAAUUUCCUAUAUAUGUAACAGAAAUCCAAAUUAUGCAGUGCAUCUAUUUUUCUACUGGUCUUGACUGUUAAUGUAAUUUGUUACUGUAAACUCUUAUACUUCAUAGUUCAACAAAGAUUGUUUAUAUUUGCACUGGUGGUGCUCUUUAUUUGCUUUUGAAAAUAUUGGGGUUUGCACAUGUUCAAGAUGUUUAAACAAGAAUGGUGAAAGAAGGUGAAGUAUCUUUGGUAUUGAAAAUAUGUAGAAAUAAACUAAUUCAUGCUGACAUAGUAGGUCAUA